GAGCCGCGAACCGGCGGCGUCAUGAGGCACCUGCCGUACUUCUGCCGCGGCGAGGUGGUGCGGGGCUUCGGCCGAGGCUCCAAGCAGCUGGGCAUCCCCACGGCUAACUUUCCUGAACAUGUGGUAGAUAAUCUUCCCACUGAUGUAUCCACUGGUAUUUAUUAUGGCUGGGCCAGUGUUGGAUGUGGAGCUGUCCAUAAGAUGGUGGUGAGCAUAGGCUGGAAUCCUUACUACAAGAAUACCAAAAAGUCCAUGGAAACUCAUAUCAUACAUACCUUCAAAGAGGACUUCUAUGGGGAAAUUCUCAAUGUGGCCAUUGUUGGCUACCUGAGACCAGAAAGGAACUUCGAUUCUUUGGAGUCACUUAUUUCCGCAAUUCAAGGAGAUAUUGAGGAAGCUAAGAAACGACUAGAUUUGCCAGAACAUGUCAAAAUCAGAGAAGAUAAUUUCUUCCAGGUUUCUAAAAGCAAGAUACUGAAUGGUCACUGUUGA